CAGCACUGAAGCUCCAGGCCAGCUCCGUUUCCCUGACGUUGGCCAUCUGGGGCGACGGGAGCUGGGUAAAUUGACAGUUCCCGCUCGUUGCGGCUCCGGUCCAGUCCAUGCAAUUAAGUUGAUCAACGACACCAUCCAGACCAGACCACGGGAGUGUACUAUCACCAUCUUAACGACCCCACGACGUGAAACGAAUUCGCCGAUACUUAAAACGAGACAUAACGAAACAAGCGAAACGAAACAAAAGCGACGAAAAACAAGACGAAGAUCCGGGGUAAAUUAGCUGGUUGCACAUCAAACCCCCGCCAAGAAAUCAACAGCACCCAAGCUUUCGUCUUCCUGUCGCAUAGUAGGCCUGGCGCCAGAUACACGAUACACCACCAUCCGUUAAAUCAAAUCAUAUUCACGACAAGACACUCAAAAGCCACCAUGCUAUCCGAACGAGACUUCCAAAUCUCCCCCAUCGUGCAGGAGAGCGUGAUGCACAACUCCAAGGCCCUCCAAAACCUCCAAUCCCUCUCCGCCUCCCUCUUCGGCAUCUCCGCCGGCAUCCUCGGUCUCGAAUCCUACUCCGGCUUCCUCUUCUACAUCUUUUUUUCGUUGCUCACUUCUUUUCUCAUCUACCUCGUCCGCGUCGCCCCUUUGUCGUCACCAAAAGAGUACAAAGACAAUAAAGGCACGGGCAACGGCUUGGGGAGCGGAGUAGGCGGCGUCAAGAAAUAUUUCCGGAGUGGGUUCGAGUUUUGGGCGGGGGGCAUCAUGAAUGGGUUUGCGGGGUUCGUGUUGACUUGGACGUUGUUUUAUGGGUUGGUUAGGGCUUAGCUAGGUGCCGUUAGGCUGGGCGGAG